UGUAUCUGUCGGAACGACUGCUGAUGAUCGACCACCUACAAGUAUUAGCAAUUUUCUCUUUGAUAUGAAGAGGAUCAUUGGUAGAAAAUACAGCGACAUAUACAUACAUGAACUUAUGAAAUCCAAUAACAUCCGAUUCAAAAUUGUACCAGGCGAAGGCGAUAACGCCGAAAUUCAGUUAAAACAUGAUGGAUUGGUAGUCACCAAAACCCCAGUGCAAGUAUGCUCGGAAAUACUGAAAUAUUUAAGAGAAUCAGCCAACGAAUACCUCGGAACUGAAAUUACGGAGGCUGUGAUUUCAAUUCCGGCACAUUUCAGCAACGCACAAAGGAAAGCUACCAAGGCUGCAGCAGAAAUGGCCGGGUUCACAGUUUUAAAGUUGAUCACUGAGCCAGUAGCUGCUGCUAUUCAUUACACAUCGGAUAGAGACACAAGCUCAACACUUUUGGUAUUCGAUUUUGGCGGCGGAACACUAGAUGUCUCCGUUGUUGACGUGGAUUCUAAAAUUUUUGAAGUACGAGGUAUAGAGGGUGAUACCUUCUUAGGGGGGAGAUAUCUCGAUAACAUUUUGACGGAUCAUUUUCAAUUAGAUAUAAAAAACACUCUUGGAAUUACAACUAUCAAUGAUAGAGAUAUGCGAAGAUUAUCAAAGGCUUGCAAUAAACUUAAGACAAAGUUAUCGAUGAAACAGUUUUAUUCUAUUCCGAUGUACGGUAUCGCUGAUAGUCGAGGUAGUUACGACUUGGAAAUAUCGCGAGACAGUUUUCAAAAGAUGGCGACAGAUUUGUUCCAAAGAGCUGUGGGUCUGGUGGAACUCUGUUUGACAAAUACAGGUGUCUUAAAAAAAGAUAUAAAUGAAGUUGUGUUGGUAGGUGGAUCGACCAGAAUACCAAAGAUCCGUGACAUGUUGAAAUUAUAUUUUAACGAGCAGGAAUUAAAGACUGAUCUAAAUCCGGACGAGGCAGUAGCGCUUGGAUCCGCAGUACAGGCGGCCAUUUUAAAAGAAAAAUUACAGGAAUUAGAAAAAUACCGAAUAACCGAAGUUACGCCUUUGUCGAUCGGUGAGUCCCUUGAGGGUUUAAUGUCAGUGGCCAUAAAGAAAAAUACUCCAUUGCCUGCAAGCGGCACAAUUGACAGCGUUAGCACGCGUAACGACCAAAAUACUGUAUUAACUGAUAUUUUCAAAGGAGAAAGAAAAAAUUGUCAAUUUAAUAAUCUGCUUGGAUCUUUCGUUGUUAACAAUUUACCUCCCGGGAAGGCUGGUGACGUUAAAUUCGAAACCACUUUUCAUUUAGACGAAGAUGGGAUAUUGGAAGUCACAAGUCAAGAAACUAUGACCGGCAAUAGUAAUAAGUUGGUUGUCACUCUGAGUGAGCUUCGACUUUGCGAAAGUCAGAAAAAACAAACUUUAAGAGAUGCUGAAGUUCAUAAAGAAAAUGACGAACAAUUCGAGGACUUUAUGUGGUACAAAUGGGAGGUUCGGCGCAGAGCAAAUCGCAUUAUUUAUAACUUAAAUAAAAUUCCAUCGGAGGGCGAUAGAAGUUUUGUUGAAGAACAAUGUAAUAAUUUUCUUCAAAUUUGCAAAACUAUCAAAUAUACGCAAAAAGAUGAGCUGCAACGUGAAAAUAUACUUUUUAUGAACUCUAUCAAAGAAAUUGUCAGAAAUUUGGGCGAAUAACUUUUAAAACUGGUAUUCAAUAUAACAUUAAUAAACUUUAACUAAUUUUUGCACUUCACAUGAAUCAAGGAGUGUCUGUGGGAGUUACUUUUUGGGCUUGCGUCACUCUUAGUGCUAAAAAUUCUUUCAUAAAAUUCAAAGUACAUUUUAAUUGUAAUUUAAACUGUGACUGUGCAUAUAUCGGUCGCUGAUAUCACUUGGAAGAAUAGUAUGAUCAUCUUGAGUUGAGAAAUGCAAAUUCUCUGCGCCCUCUUUCUCCUUACCUUUAGGAAUUAAUAUUUGCUAAU